AGAGCUUUAUAAAUUGUUCUGCAGCUUUUUAAUAUUGUGGAAAAGGAAAUGCCAGAAAUCUGACCAGCAACAAAAGUAGAAGACAACAGACAGAUUGGAGGGAAGUUAAUAAACAGAGAGGACAAGAUGAUAAGACUCCAGGCAAGAAUUGUGCAACUAUUUUUCUUUUUCGUUUCGAUGCUGUUCUGGUCCCCAGUGAGUGCCCAGCCAUGCCCAUCUCAGUGCAAGUGUCCGACCGAGCCUCCUAUAUGCGCUCCUGGGGUUCAGCUAAUGCUGGAUGACUGCGCGUGCUGCCUGGUUUGUGGCCGGCAGCAAGGAGAGGCUUGCUCAGAGAGAAACCCGUGCGACACCCGCAAAGCUCUGCGCUGUGAUUACAGUGCUGAUCCGAGGAAGACAGUAGGAGUCUGCAUGGCCCGGGAAGGAGACAUCUGUGUCUUUGAUGGCUCUGUCUAUCAGAAUGGUGAAACAUUCCAGCCUAGCUGCAAAUACCAGUGUGCCUGCAGGGAUGGCCAGAUCGGCUGCGUGCCACGCUGCAACCUCGAUGUGCUGCUCCCAGGCCCAGACUGCCCCAUCCCCAGGAAAGUCCAAGUUCCAGGAGAAUGCUGUGAGAAGUGGGUGUGUGACUCCAAGGCAGAAUCACCCCUUGGGGGUUUUGCGAUGGCUGCUUACAGACAGGAAGACACCUAUGGAGUUGACAUCUUUGAUCCCAGCAUUAACUGCAUUGAACAGACAACAGAAUGGGGUGCCUGCUCCAAGUCGUGUGGAAUGGGGGUGUCCACACGGGUCACCAACAGGAAUCGCCGCUGUGAGAUGGGCAAGCAGAACCGCCUGUGCAUUGUCAGACCAUGUGAGAAGGAACAUCAGAAGCAGACAAGCAAGAAGGGGAAGAAGUGUUUCAGAACUAAGAAGACUGUGAAGCCAACGCACUUUGAGUUUAAGAACUGCACCAGUGUACAUGCCUAUAAACCCAGGUACUGCGGCGUGUGCAGUGAUGGAAGGUGCUGUACCCCACAUAGCACCAAAACUGUGCAGGUGGAAUUCCAGUGUCCCAGGGGAAAAACCAUCAAGAAGACAAUGAUGUUCAUCAAUACCUGUGCCUGCCACAACAACUGCCCAAGGGACAACGCUGUCUUCCAAAUGUCAGACCCCAUGUUCAGUGGAUUUAAAAUAUAAAUAGUGUGGUACUUUUUUUUUCUUUUCUUUCAGGUGAUUAUUGAAUGUGGUUGUCAUCAUUAUAAAGGGACAGUGUAUACGAGCACGUUUACAUUUUUUAACACAAGUACAGUAAUAUCAGUCACACAUUGUAAUUCAGAAACUAUUAUUGUAAUAUUCAGAGCCUGUACUCUUGUACUGUAUUAGAUAAUAUAGCCAGAUAAACACAUUGUUACAUCAGAAACUUAGUAAUCAGGUGCUUUGAAACAAUAUAAGCUUAAAGGUGCAACGCCCCAUAUUUAUUUUGCUUCUUUAGCUAUAACAGAACUUUAGGAUUUAAUUUAUAAUCGGAUACUGCUGCAAGUAUUAGUGACAUAAUUGGGAGCAAGCAUGUGUCCCUCUAGAUAAAACCGGCAUUGAUUUAAACGCUGGACCUCAAGGUUUUCCUUCUGACAAAGUAGAGCUAGAAUAAUGCAGUAAACAUGAGACUCAAGUUUUACACUUUAGUUGUACCAUAUUGUGAAGAACUGCAGCUUGAAGCAAGAUCUAGUAAAAAAAAAAAGCUUUGAGGACACUGUUAAUUUAAUUUGCACCACUAGACACUACAGACUGCAAUGACAAACUAGCAUGUUACUAAGACUGUAAAUGCUUGCUCUAUAUGUUUACCCUGUUGGUUAUUGUGUGCGUAAGGGAGGGAGGGGAAAUCUAAUUUCCAUGAUGCGUAAGGAAUUUGUAAAUAGAAAAUCUAUACUGUGUGUAUUUCACCCAAUGUGUAACAUGUAUGACAAUGACAGGCAUGACUGCAGUUCAAAGUUAUGUCAUUAAAAUAUGUAUUUUUUAUAGAAAA